AUGACGUCGCUUAGAGCAAAGUUUCAGUCAAAAUCCUGGCAAAAAGAUCAAUUCACCAUCUCAACAGACCCCAACCAAUUCCCUAUCUCCCAACUUGCAGAUAUCUUUAAUUCGAGCGAGUUCUACUGGGCCAGCGCUCUAUCACCUGAAGCUUUCAAAGAAGCACUUCACAAUUCCCUUUCAUUCGGCGUAUAUGACUCGCCUCAGUCCUCCGGCCGCGAAUCAUCAGGCAAACUGAUUGGAAUCGCUCGGCUCGUGACCGACUUCGUCACCUUUGCAUAUCUCACAGACGUUUGGGUUGAUCCGACAUAUCAAGGCAAAGGCUUGGGGAGCUGGCUUGUUCGUUGUAUGCGAGAAGUGCUGGAUGAGAUGCCGGACUUGAGAAGGGCAAUGCUGCUUACGGGAGAUUGGGAGAGGUCUGUACCGUUUUAUGAGAAGCUUUUGGGCAUGAGCUUGGUUGAGCCAAAGAGGGGCGAAGGACUUGCUGUUAUGGAGAGCAAAGGGAGAGGGCAUCCGACCUAUGGGAAGUCAGGCUUAGGGUAUGACUAA